AUGAGGCACUCCGUAGAGCUUUACGAUGGCCUUUCCUUGCAGAGAUUUAGCUCUAAAGAUUGCCUUCAGCUCUCAGCUGCUCUCAUCAUUUCUUCGAAUGAACUAAUCCGACGACACGAAAGUGCACAACUAAGACGAUUGGUUGGUGGACCAAGCUUUUUUACCUCUUCACCCUCCUCAUCCAUCCAACUCGAAGCUUAUCAGAGCAUCAGUUGUUCAAUCCUUCCAUGCGAAAGGAACAAGGGUAGCGCCAAACUCCAAUUUUGCCAAUCCUUCAGUGUGGACUCACAUCGCGUAAAAUUUGCCUGUUUGAUAACUUGCACGUCUCUUUCUAGUUGA